GCAGUGCUGUAGUGCUGCAGUGCUGUAGUGUUGCAGUGCUGUAGUGUUGCAGUGCUGUAGUGUUGCAGUGCUGCAGUGCUGUAGUGCUGCACACACUGUGCAUCCAGCGGCUGCUCCCGGCAGGGUCGUGUCCUUCCAUUGGCGUAACUUCCAGAGCGCUGAGUAGAAACACGAGGAGCACAGAAAUGUGUCUUUAGUUCAGAACUGGCGCUGUUUUGUGCCGCUGUAAGCGUAGUGCGCUGCUGCCUCUCCUGGCCGUGCAAAGCACGCUUUGAGGUAGCACCGUGUGGGGCAGCGCCGUGCAAGCUGCAGCUUUGUGACAAGGUGUGCUGCAGUGGGACGGGUGUGUUGCAAAGCCCCGCUUUUUUAGCACAUUCGUGCUGACCUUCUCUCUCCUUUAAGAAGAAGUACUUGGACGAUUUGGGGCUGUGAUCUUUAAUAGGAUUUGUGAAUAGUAGUUGUGAAUGUGCUUUGAUGGAAUUUGCAGCUGAAAUAUCCCCCCUUAAAAUAACAUUGCAGCUUUGUGAUUCGGGAUGAUGUGCCUCCCGCUCAUCGCUCUGUAGCUGUGAAUACUGCUGAGCAAGAGGAGAAUAUGAGCAGAACCAAAACUUCAGAACGUGGCAAAAGAGGAAGAAGCAGAACUGUGGCUCACGGCUGGGAGUAUAAGUGAAUGCAUUUGGGUGUUGCUUUUUGCUUUGCCUUAGUUUUUGCUCUUGUGUGCAGCUUUUAACCUGUCUGAUUUUUCUCUGUCAGUAAACUGGCAAUAGGAAAACCUCUGAGACUGGUCAGGUUAGUAGCUGAGCAUUUUGGGGAUCUUCGUGCACUGUCGCAGGCUGGAUUAGGAAGGUGGGAAGUGGUGCAGGAUGUGGUGCUGGAGCCCAGAGAUCUGCGGGUCUCCUCUUUGUCAAACUGAAAAGCCGUUGGUGGCUGGGGAACUAACGGAAGAAAUAUGUUAUCUUAAAAAGCUGCAGAACAGAUACUGCCUGUCUGUGUGGCUUAAGGCCAGCGGUUUUCAUAGCUGGUCGCAGAAUGUCAAUCCAGAAUACACAGAAAAGAAAGCAGUUUGACUCUGCAAAGUACUUUAAAUAUCACAGGUAAGGAUUCAAGGGAAGAGAUGGAAGAGAGCCACUGUAGCAUGUGUAGUUUGCUUGGCAGGCAGAUGCCCUCCCUCUGGAGAGCAGGUGCCCUGCUAAAGGAGGGAAGAAUGCAGGUGGAGAGAGCGUUGUUAUGCAAGUGUCAUGUCCCAGAGGGGCUAUCUGUGGUGGAGGGAAGCCGCUGUGUCUGAGGAGCAUUAACUUUGCCCCAGAGGAGCCUGCAGAGCCAUGCUGUGCAGAUAGGACAGCCCUUGAUACUGCAGUUUUCUGCUUCCCAGGAACAAACGCUGGGCAGAGAGCAGGCAAGAGCAGAAGGUGCCUGACUGUGCCUGGCCAAGCCACAGCCUGUUGGUAAAGGGCUUACACAGAUGUUACACUCGGGUUCCAUAUUUUAGUUGUGUUUCUAGUCCAAAAAAAGGUUUAAGUGUCACUGAAUGCAUUGGAACUUGAACGUGUGUGUAGUUGCUUGGCUGAGUCAUGGCUGGAGCCAGUGGUAUUUCUGCUGAGGCAGCCAGUAAAGAGGCCAGUGUAGCACUGCUGCAGGUAUUUAUAUUGGCCUAGUCAGAAAUGGGAUGAGAAUGUGUCGCAGCCUCUCCUCCUCUGCAUCCUAACCAAAGUUGAUAAGUCAGGGAAGUUUUUCUUUUUUAAUAGGAACAGUAUCAAUGAUUUUUUCCUGUGACAUCUCCGCCUCUCCUGGCUCCUUGAUCUCUUUCGUGCAUGACUUUCUUGUUCGUAGAGAUUUGCAUCCCUCUGAACUCCCUGGUAGCAAAUAAAGGUGCAUAAUGUGCAAACAUGUCUGAAUCCAGAAAUAUCUCUUGGUGUCUCUGCUCUCUGUUGAUCGAUUCAGGAUUCCAAAACCGGAGGGUGAAUUUCCCCAGCAUCAGUGACUGAAGCAGCUUUCAAGCUUGGGAUGGAGCUGCUGAGCAAGCAGGAUCCUUAUUUGCGAGUGGUUGUGCACACUGCAGUGUGCUGCAGAGUCCUGACGCUCCUGCUGCAGGCCGUGUUUGACCUGCUGAUCCCAGAUCACACAGCGGAUGCCUUCUCCCCACCUCGUCUGCUCGAGCCUGGAGCAUACGACCUGCUGCUGGAGCAGCUGCUGGGGGGCCUGGCGCACUGGGAUGCAGAGCACUUCCUCUUCAUUGCAGAGCGGGGUUACCUGUAUGAGCACAACUGCGCCUUCUUCCCGCUUUACCCUCUGAGCUUGCGAGCUGUGGCCGAUGGUGCUCUGUGGCCCCUGUGGCAGCUGUUGUGUUUGCGGAGCCGCCUGCUGCUGUCGGCUGUCCUCCUUAAUUCUGUCUUUUCUGUGCUGGCAGCUGCUGCCCUGUACAAGCUGGGCUGUGCUGUGCUGCAGUGCCGCAGGACAGCCUUCCUCGCUGCCCUUCUCUUUUGUAUCAGCCCUGCCAGCGUCUUCAUGGCAGCUGCUUACUCGGAGAGCAUGUUCGCCUUCCUGGCCUUCAGUGCCAUGUGGCAACUGGAGAAGGGGCAGAGCUGGCUCAGCACACUGCUCUUCUCCCUUGCCACUGGUGUGCGUGCCAAUGGGCUUGUGAAUGCGGGUUUCUUUCUCUACUCCCACAGUAAAUCCUUUGCCCUCCAGCUCCAAGUGGGUUCAGGCUCAGUAAGGAAGCUCUCUCUGUUAUGGAGGCAGCUCCUCAGCAUGGCAUCUUCCAUGCUUCUGACAUGUGCUGGGAUUUGUCUGCCUUUUGCUUUAUUUCAGUAUUAUGCCUACGUGAGGUUCUGUGGUCCUGGCUUGGAGCUGGCUGUUCCCAAGCCGCUGCAGAAGCUGGCUUUGGACAAAGGCUAUCGCCUGGUGUCCCCCAAUGGGGUUAAACCCCCUUGGUGCUCCCAGCGAUUCCCUGUGGCCUACUCUUAUAUUCAAGAUGUUUACUGGAAUGUGGGCUUUCUGAGGUAUUUUGAGCUCAGACAAAUACCAAAUUUCUUGCUUGCUUUGCCUGUCUCGCUUUUGGGCUUGUGGGCUGCCUGGACCUUUGCUGUUGCAAACCCACGGCACUGCCUGACCCUGGGGCUAGAGAGAAGAAAGAAGAAACAGGGUGAACCCAGAGCUGGGUUUUGCUGCCCCGCUGUCUUCGUGUAUGUGGUCCAUGCUACAGCCAUGCUGGUGCUGGGGUUCUUCUGCAUGCAUGUUCAGGUGCUGACCCGGUUCCUCGGCUCCUCCAGCCCCGUGCUGUACUGGUUCUCCGCCCACCUGCUCCAAGGACACGAGACCUGGCUCUGGAAGGAGGGGGUCGAUGGGCAAAGCGCAGUGCGCGUCCGCGAGAGGAGUAUUCUGGGUGCAGCGCCCGGUUCCUGCGGGAAGGGCCCAGCGGAGGGACACCCCCUGCUCAGGUUGCUGCUGAGCUACCGCUCCAUGACUGCCGUCGGGCGGUGCGUCCUGGGCUACUUCGUGUCCUACUGGCUGCUGGGCUUGGUGCUGCAUUGCAACCGCUUGCCUUGGACGUAGCGAGCAGCUGUGACCGCGGGCUGGGACGGACCGCGGUGGGGCGGGAGGGGGGGAAGUCCGAACGGGACGUUUUCUAAAGAAGCGGACGUGGCCCGAGGCUGUCGCGUGCGACGAGGUGUUACCGCUCGGCGGAGCCCACGGCGCCGUCCCACGUCGGGUGCCCGAGCGCAGCCCGGACUGCUGGCGGUCCCCACAGCGGGGCCCGGGUCGCGCCCGCCCCGCUCUCCCGCCGUCUCGGCAGCGGCCGGCAGGGGGAGCUGCGCGAAGGACCGCGAGUAGCGGCGGAUCGCAGCGCCUGCCGGUCUGCAGCGCCCCGGCGGCGAUGGGCGGCGUUCCCGGCCCGCGUUCGCUUCUCAUGCGACGCCGUUUCGGCUCUCCCGCUCGGUCCCGGCCGUCGCCGCCCUCGCAGACGCCGCGGCUGCCGCCACCUCCCGCCGUCCCGAUGGAAGCGGUCGCCGAGGAGCUGGUGGUGAAUCUUCGGUGCUGCUACGGCUGCGGAGCCGCCCCGUCCCGCGCGGAGCUCGUUGCGGCGGCCGCGUUGGCACAGAGGUGAGAUUCGUCGGCCUGUAGUUCCCCGGGUCCUCCCUGCUCCCCUUCUUGUAUAUGGGCGUGACGUCACCCUUCCUCCAGUCAUCUGGGACCUCUCCUGACAGCCACGACUUCUCAAAUGUGAUGGAAAGCAGCUCAGCAACCACCCCAGCCAGCUCCUUCAAGACCCUGGGAUGCACACCAUCUGGCCCCAUGGACUUGUACUCAUUUAGUCUAAGGAGGCACUCUCGGACUUACUCUGCCUUACAGUGGGGAGGGAUUUACCUCCCUGGUCCCCACAUAGAGGUUUGGGGGUGCAGGGCUCAGGGACAUGAGAAAGACUAGAAUCCUGUCCACCAGUGAAGACUGAGGCAAAGAACUCAUUCAGUACCUCAGCUUUCUCUUCAUCUGUUGAAGCCAGCUCUCCUUUUAAAUUUACCAAGAAGGUAUACCCAUUUUGGCCUGUCUCUUCUGGCCAAUGUAACUGUAGAAUGUCUUCUUAUUGUUUUUCACAUCCCUCUCCAGGUUCAGUUCUGCCUGUGCCUUGGCUUUUCUGAUCACACUUGCCUGGGGCCUGCCUUCUGUGGGGGUGUUGCUGGGUAGGGGGUGAUGGGCAGCACUGCAGGAGCCGGGCAAGAGCCCGUGGCUGCGCUGCUCCCCAGGGCUGGCUCCAGCCAUGCCAGGCUGUAGCUCUGCUAAUUGCUGGCUGGAGCACAGCCUUCGUCCUGGGAGAUGCCCAGGGAGAGUUCAGAAGAGGCGUGCUGGGCGUGCAUGAGCAUUUCUGCUUCAGGCUUAUGGCACUCCCCAGUUUCCAAGCCAGAGCCCCAGUCCACAGCCCAGGGGAAGAGACAGGUGUGCUUUCCUCCAGUGCCUCAGUGUGACCUUGCUGUCCAUCAGAGGCCUCCCAGUAAGAAAGCCCUGGGGGGCUGCAUCUUCUUCCAUGUAAUCUGUGAGAGAUGUGGCACGUGGCCAGGAGAGAGCACUGCAUACGCUGCCAGGUGCCAGCCUACGGGUCAUCCCGUCCACCCUGCAACUUUGGAAAUCAUGACCUGAGUUAUUCUCCCAUGCCCCACAUCCAGUUACUGAGGGAGAAGGAGAUCACACCAUAUAGUGCAUAUAAGUGGGAACUUCUCUCAUCUGUUCUUGAUUCUAGAUGAUGAGCUUGGUGCUCCCUUUCCGGAUGCUCCUUUGGAUCCGGACUUCAUGCCUGUGCCUGGGGGACAACCCAGGGGCCCUGCCGGGUUGAAUCUGCAGAACUGAAUCCUGCCUAUGAUCCCGAGGGCGAGACUGGAGGUAAAUCAGCAGGCUUCAUUUCCUUGAUAUUUGUUCGUAUUUGGCUGGGACGGUUCAUCGAGGAUUCUGCGUUUAACCAGCCAGAGGGUUCUUCUCCCCGAGAAGCAUGGAUGGUCAUCGUUUCUUGGGAGCUCCGUGCUGUCAGCAUUGUGUUGGCUUUGUCUGUGUAUCUACGAGGUCUC